AUGGACACGGAUGGAUUAUCCCAAAUCUGCAGCGGCCUCGGAGCCAUUGAAGAAGACGAUGAGGGAAACCGAAUCGGUUACUCCAAAGGCGAAUACUGUCUCGAUAACCUGAAAGACUUGCUGAGGUUUUUGAGACGUGAUGACCCGCAAACACGUGACGUGUUCAAGCAAGUGUGCAAAUGGAACAUCGUUUCUAAGGAUUUGGUACCGAUUAUCGAGCAUUACCACGAAGAUCGGAGCAUGCUUCUGAAUGCAGUGAAGGUUUUGGUGUUCCUUACAAUGCCAAUUGAGCCUGGUUCCACGGAUGUAUCUCAGCAGUUGGAGUAUUUAUGGGAUUUGAAGUCUGCAGUGACUAACAGUGACGUUGCUACAGUGAUAGUGUCCAUUUUAGAGAAACCACUUGAGAAUUUGGAACUUAAUGCAUUCACUGAGGAUGAUUGGAAAUUGGUACAGCUGGUGUUUACAUUAUUUAGAAAUAUACUUGCUGUUCAAGAAAUCCCGUUGCAUCAGAAAUCAGCAGGAUCUGCUACUCAUUUUUUAUCGCUGAGAGAUAGAUUUCUGGAACUUUUGUUCCGUGAGAAUGUGAUGGAUAUAAUCUUGGUUGUAUCUCAAAACGUUGGCAGUUCUAAUGUUUAUCUCCGUCAGGAUAAUUUGCUUCUAUUGGAAAUAUUCCAUUACAUUUUUAUGGGUCAGGAGCCAGAGUUGAUUGUCCGGGGCCAUUUGAAUGGAUUGAAGGUUGAGGAAGACUCCCAAGCCUCUCUUGAUAGUCUCCAGUCCAUCAUGGAGGAAGAAAAGAAGAAAAGAGUUAUUAACAGGCUUGGCAAUGUCAGCCGGCAUUCACAAUUCAGUGGAACAUUUGCACGGGUUACCAUGGAUGGUUCUAAAGCCGUGUUUAAGGGGAAUCCCAAUUCUUCCCGUAAUAUGCAUCUUAAAUCACAAAAUGUCAUUCGAGGUCGAGCCAAAAAAAUUGCGUGGGAUCAUCCAAGGUUGCCUUCAACAAAGGACAAGAUCUUGGAGAUGCUUAAAGGAUUUGUAAAUCAGUUUCUUUCAGGGGGAUACAAUGUUUUGAUGCGAUCGGUCCGUGAAGAUAUUGUAAAGGAACAUCCUGCAAUUCAGAAAAGUGAUGUCGUUGUUUUCUUUCAAGUGGCUGACUUUAUCUCUUCAUUUCAGUUUUACAAGUAUUCAACUUCAAAGAUGGAGGAAGAAAAGGACAUAUUUGGUGAUAAUGAUGCCAAUGCUUCAGAUUUCAGUGGUAAAAUAUGUGGCCCAAUUGAGGCAUCAUUGAAUGAGUCAAUGUUUCAACUAGUUAUUUCACAGUGGCGGCAGGCUUAUGAUGGUCUAAAGGAAACCAAUGACUACAAGUUUCUAUCUGCAGCUGGUUCUCUUUUGAAAAGCAUGAUUCGCAUGCUGGAUUUAGUACUAAAGUCGUUGCCAGAUGACUCUAAGGAGCCGCAAACAGCCCGCAUUCUUCUGUAUAAGUUAUUUUAUGAUCAGACUGAAGAAGGGAUGACUCAAUUCCUCUUGAAUUUGAUCAGAACGUUUGACACACACAAACAAUGCAAAAGUGAUCUUGCCGAUUUGGUUGAAAUCAUUUGCAAAGUUGUGAAGCUAAUGGAUUAUCUUCAGUCUCGGGGAACAUUGAGGGUGUCAAAAAAAGCAAGGAAGUUGAAAAGAAAAACUUCUAAUGGCACAGAAUCAGGGAAUAAACAAACUGGAGAUCAUUCUUGUGUUAAAAAAGAAGCUGGCAUUUCUAUUGACAAUCCAUUAGGUGAAAACCAUUUGCUACAGAAGGAAUCCCUACCGAAUGCAAUCUCCACUGACCAAGAGGGCAUCGCGGAUGAUAAUGAACAUGAAAGUCUCGACAAAGAUGUAAACUCUCAAGUUCGCUUGGAAUCAAUGGAAAAUACACAUCUUGAUGGUAAUGAACAUGAAAAUGUCAAGGGAGAUGUGAACUCCCAAGUUCAUUUGGAAUCAAUGGAACACACACAUCUUGAUGAUAAUGAACAUGAAAAUGUCAAGGGAGAUGUGAACUCCCAUGUUCGUUUGGAAUCAAUGGAACACACACAUCUUGAUGAUAAUGAACAUGAAAAUGUCAAGGGAGAUGUGAACUCCCAUGUUCGUUUGGAAUCAAUGGAAAACACACAUCUUGAUGAUAAUGAACAUGAAAAUGUCAUGGGAGAUGUGAACUCCCAAGUUCGUUUGGAAUCAAUGGAAAACACACAUCUUGAUGAUAAUGAACAUGAUAAUGUCAAGGGAGAUGUGAACUUCCAAGUUGGUUUGGAAUCUGUGAAAAAGACAAAUCUUGAUGAUAAUGAACACAAAAAUGUUGAGGAAGAUGUGAACUCCCAAGUUGGUUUAGAACCAAUAGAAAACACAAAUCUUGAACAUCUUAAUGAGGAUAUGUUGGAUGACACUGGUGAUUUUUCUGAAGAUGAGCAAUUAAAUACAGUUAGUGAAGUUGAUUUCAAUGUUUCAACACUUGUCUCUGCUUUUGCAAAUCACAGUAUCAUUCAGAAAUUAUGUUGGUUGCUCAAGUUUUAUAAAAGCAACUCCCUUGCUAUAAAUCAUUACAUAAUAAGCAUGUUGCGGAGAAUUAGUGAUGAGCUUGAACUCCAUCCCAUGCUCUACCAGUUGUCGCUGCUCACAACUUUCUACGAUAUUCUUGCUGAACAAAAGUCAUGCCCCUGCAAGGAAUAUGCUAGUAUUGUUGAUUUCCUGAACAGUUUGGUCAGAAAGAUGCUAAAGAAAAUGAAAAAGCAGCCCCUUCUAUUUGUUGAAAUUCUAUUUUGGAAGACCCGAAGGGAAUGCCAUUACAUCAAUGCAGAAUAUAUGUUGGAUGAACUUGGCCAUUUGAGAAAAGAAAGUAAAAAUUGGAAUGAUACUCGAGAAGGAGAAAUAGGUUCCUCCCCAGUGAAGGCGCGGACUCAUAGAAGCAUUGCUGAUGCACUUGGUGAUGAUGAAGCUGAUGUCGUGAUCUCUCAUGACUCAAGAUAUCAAAACAAUGGCGAAAAGCUUGAUGACGUUGAAGGCUUUGCUUCUACCUCGGGAAGUAAGAAUGGGAGAGACGUUAACAAUGGGGAGCCAUGGUUGGAAGAUGAAUUUCAAACAGCUCCGAGAAGAAAGAAAAAACUUGUUCUAGAUGCUGAAUUGGAGAUGCAAAUUAAGAAUCUCUAUGAGAAAUUCAAAGAUGAACGAAAUUGCAGUCGACGUAUUGCUGAAGAGCUAGAUCCAGAUGGUAAAAUUUCUCAAGCUCAAGUAUCCAAUAGGUUGAAAAAAUUAGGGCUAACAACUGCAUCAAGGAAAAAGAAGGACAAUGCUAAUGAGUCUUCCUCAACAAGCCCUAAUCAAUUAGAAGGUGCCGGAGUAGCCGGAGUUGUGAAUUUAGAGGGAAGCCUGUUGGUUCAGCAUCGGCAGAAAAGAAAAAGAGUCAGUGCUUUCAAUGAAGAUCAGGAAGCCCUUAUCAAAGUUCUAUAUGAGCAAUUUAAGGACCAUAGAAGAUGUAGCUAUAUGAUAGCCAAUGCACUUGACGUGGUUGGUAAAUUCACACCUGCCCAAAUCUCUCGAAAACUUAAGCAACUUGGCUUAUUCGUUCAACAAAAGAGUUUUAAAGGAAAUACCCACAAAAAGGGUGAGGAUCUUAUGGAUUAUUCCAAGGAUGGAAUGGAUAGAUCGGAUGAAGAGACAUUGAUAUCAUUGAUAGAAAGGAAAAAAGUGAAGAAUCCAAGAAAAUCAAGCAAACCAUUACAUGAACAGACCAAUGAGGAUAAGAUGUCAAAAGAUGGUUCUGAUGAUGAAAUACUUGGCUCCAUCCUCAAGAAAAAAGGGAAGAAAAGAAAAGCAUCAAGCAAACAGGUACAUGAACAGACUGGCGAGGAUAAAUUGUCAAAAGAUGAUUCUGAUGAUGAAAUACUCGGCUCUAUCCUCAAGAAAAAAAAGAAUAGAUCUGUGUCUGGUGAACAUUUACAUAGAAACACCAAUGAGGGUGAAUUGUUUAGAUACGAUUCCGAAGAUGAAAUUCUUCAAUCUGCGCUGAAGAAAAAAAAGAAUAGAUCUGUAUCUGGUGACCAUUUACAUGAAAACACCGAUAAGGGUGAGUUGUCUAGAUAUGAUUCCGAAGAUGAGAUUCUUCAAUCUGCACUGAAGAUAAAAAAGAAUAGAUCUUUAUCUGGUGAACAUUUACAUGAAAACACCAAUGAGGGUGAAUUGUCUAGAUACGAUUCCGAAGAUGAAAUUCUUCAAUCUGCACUGAAUGAAAAUCAAGUAGAUUUUAAGAAUUCCCAAGUAGAAUAUAAGCAAGUGGAUCCUGAUUUGGAAGAUUCAGAGGAUGACGUGGCUGUUAAUGUACUUCCUGACAAUGCUGUAUCAAGAAGGAAGCUGAGAAUGGUGAUGGAUCUUGAGGAUGAUGACUGA